CUACAGUUGCUCAAGAUGCUGUGUCUGACAGUGUUGCCUAUCCUUGGACUGUGGGGCUUUAGUGUAUACACUCUCACGGACAUCGUUAAACGCAAAACGGAGAAUGAAAAGACAAAGUUCCAGUUACAACUGAGUGUUGAACUUGGAAAACUAAUCCACCACUUGCAGCAAGAACGGGAUAUGAGUGUGUUGUACCUCAGCGACCUCGGGCCGGAGACAAAAACCUUUCUGCUGACCGAGUAUAUGUUUACAGACAAAGCCAUAGAUGCUCUGUCCGAGUGGCCAGCAGACCUGGACAACAAGAAGAGGACAGAGUUUGAGUCCAAGGGAAAGUUACAAGAGUACCUGAAGUUCCAUCGACAGCUCUUAUCCAAAGACACAUUCAAUCUCCACGUAGAGAUAGAGUUUUAUACCAAGGUUAUAGAUGUGGUCAUUGUUUGGCUGUACAAAUCCAUUACAAGAGGUCAAUUCGCUGUCGUAUGGAAGACUUUGGUGGCCUAUCUCAAAUUGACCAGUGGGAAACAGGACGUUGGGAUUGAACGCGCCCUCGGUACUCUCUUUUUCGUGCAAGGAGGUUUCAAGACACGGGAGUAUUUUGAGAUGUACAAUAACCGGAUCAGCAGGUUCAAAGCGCUGUACACAACCGCCGAGCUUUAUUCAGCAAGAGUGGAUCGACUGUACACUUCCGGUGUCAAAAUGGUUGAAACAAAUAUCACCGGUAUCAUUAGUAACUUCCGGAACGAGAUCCAGCACCACACCGAGGAAGCAACAUACCCUGAUAUGGAGAAAGCACGUUACUGGUUCGACAAUAUGACUAUUUACCUGGACACUUUGCUCGAGAUUCAGCGAGACUUGGGCUACGAGAUUAUAGACAUCCUUGACAUCGUCAUAGACCAAUCGACAAACAAUUUAGCAGUCAGCGCUGCAUUCCUCUUCGUUGUACUCGUCAUGUGUCCCCUUGUCAUCUACAUCACAGAGAACCUCACCAGCAGCAUUCAGAGGUAUGGACUGACACUCGUGGAUCGUACUAAUGAUCUGAGGAAAGAAAAGAAACGUUCAGACGGGCUGCUUUACCAGAUGGUCCCAGCGCUUGUAGCCGAUAAAUUGAAGAAAAAUAUAGAGAUCGACCCUGAAUACUUCAGCUCCGUGACAAUCCUAUUUCUCGAUAUCUUCGGUUUUAACAGAAUUUCGAGCGAGUGUUCACCAAAUGAAAUAGUGGUGCUGAUGAAUUCUGUAUACGGCACCAUAGACGAACUUCUGGAAGACUACAAUGUGUACAAGGUCGAGACCAUAAAGGAUUGCUACAUGGUUGCCUCUGGAAUACCUACUCGGAACGAAGACAGACACUCCUCUGAAGUAGCAGACCUGGCCUUGGAAAUGCUUCAGCUCAUCCAGACCAAACGGUUUUCUGUAUCCGGUAACAGAUACGUACAGCUACUCAUCGGCGUCAAUACAGGUCCAUGCAUGACAGGUAUUAUAGGCGCCAUUAUGCCGAGGUAUUGUGUUCUUGGUGAGACUGUCAACUUUGCUGCUAAGAUGAAAAUGGAGAGUUCUCCAAAUAAAAUACAUAUUACCCAAGCUACCAACAAUGCUCUGAAAAAAGCAGGAAACUAUGUAACAAAGGAGCGAGGCCUGAUAAACAUACGGGGAAAGGGUGAUGUCAUGACGUUCUGGCUUCGUGGCAAAACCGAUGUAAAGACGAAAACAGGCGAAGUUGCCGCCAUGGACGACAAAUCUGAAACUGACUUCGAUACUGAAAACAGUAGUCCAUUGGUCAAUGUAACGACGGACAAUUAUCAGGAGGAACGUCCGGCGCGGCCGAACCCUCCAAUGUUUGGUCGAAGUGGAAGAGAAGAGAAGGUUACCGCCACUAUCUAUCCAACAUCCUCAAUGGCGGAAAAAAUUUGA